CACGGGGACGGGAAAUUCAGGAAACAGCCGGCAGGCCCGGGCCGGUCCAGGAAGCUGCCGACGCGUUUCCAAACUCCGAGCGUGACGGGGUCCGCGUGGGGGAGGCCCAUAAAGCCUCGCGUCCGGGCGGGGAGGACGGUACCCGUAGCGGUCACCCUCCGGCCCGGAACGGCGGGGAGGAUGGGGGUGCUGCUCCUCCUGAUCCUGCUCGCCCCGGCGCCGGGCGUCGCGGCCUUCCCGUCGCAGACGCUGAGCCGCCAAGAGGCUCUGUCCCUCGCCCUCCACUCCUACAACCGACGGGCGGCCAGCGAACGCGCCUUCCGCCUGCUGGAGGCCGCCCCGGCCCCGGCCCAGAGCCCCGGGGCACGGACUCAGGAGCUGAGCUUCACCCUGCAGGAGACCGUGUGCCCGAUGGCGCCGGGCCUGGACCCCGACAAGUGCGAUCUCCGUCCCGACGGGCUGGUGAGAGCCUGUUCCGGAUCUGUCUCCUUGGAGGACGGUGGUCCGGGUGUCCUGCUCACGUGUGAUACCCUGGGCCGGGCGCCUCUGCGAGUCAAAAGGAAGUCGCUCCGCCGCCGGCUCUGUAAACCUCUCAGGAUCGGGUGUCACGGGCCUUUAGCACACGCGCCGAUGUCUCGGUACGGCCUUCGCCACGGGGACAGGGUUUUGGUUUAGUCCGGUGCUCUGGACGUAAGGGGCGCUCAAUAAAUGCCACCGGUGACGACGACGGCGGCGGCGGUGG